CUAGAUUGUAAAUAUUUAUCGUUAUCGACUCAUCACCCCAGCUUAUUCUCGGCUUGGGAUUUUGUUUUUAUUUAAUUAAACUAUAAUUUAAGCAAGUUUGGUUGAAUUAAUUUGUAUCAUUGAUCCAGCUGCGUCGCGAGCAAAAUGUGCCUUUAGUCUGCUGCUAGAAGCCAUCUGGAGCAGUUCCCAUCUCACCCCACUCGGAAUCGGAAUCGAGCCAGCGUCAGCAUGUCACCCACAAGAGGAUUAGCAGCGCUAGCGCUCUGUUUAUUUGGUCUGGCAACGGCCCAGUUGCCCGGAGACCUGCCUGCGGGACAAUUGGACGGACAACUAGGGCAGCCAAGCCAGCAGCCGCAGCAGAGCUACCAACCCAGCUACAACAAGGACUACUCGCCGCGAUACAAUCCCCUGUACACUGGCCAGCAGCAAAGCCAGGACACCACCCAGUUCGACAAUCCCCUGCUGGACGGUCAGAACCCCAACUCCUACAACGGCUACUAUGACGGCAACCGGCCACUGGGCGGAGCCGGCGGCGUGGGUGGCCUCAACGGCGUUGGAGUUGGAGGGUACAACGGUGGCGGGGGCCUAAGCAGCAAUGUGGGCGGACCCGGAAACAGCCUAGGCGGCGGCUUGGGCGGCCUAGGACCGCAGUACGACCCCUUCCACCGGAACAGCAUCGGCGGAGCGCCGGGUGUCAACUACCGGGAUAUGUACAGUGAUGAGGAAAACUUCUGCCCCGAGCACUGGGUCUCGUUCAGACAGAGCUGCUAUCGCUUCAUCCGCUCACCCAAACGGAACUGGGCGGAGGCCAAGAAGAUCUGCAAGGCCUACAACGCCGACCUGAUCAACGUGGACAACGUGGAGAAGCACUCCUUCAUCCUUAAGAAUCUCAUUUUGCAAAACCAUCGGCAGAACCGAUUCUUCAUCUCGGCCAGACAGACUGGGCCGCAGAACUGGGUCAACGAUGACAAUACACAGCUCGUGCAGAUCGAGGACUCGUUCUCCAUGGACGAGAAUGUGCCUUUGGAAAACGAGGACCUGCACGACAACCGCUUCCUGGUGCAGAACGACCUGUACAACAGGAACAACUUCAACAAUCCGAAUCAGUUUUACAACUCGUUGCCUGGAACCGUAAAUCAGCGCAAUCAGAACAACUUGAGGGGCUUUAUAGGGCCCAACCAGCCGUACGGAGACAAUGGCUACAUCCGGGACCGUGUGGUCUAUGCCUACUCCAAGAAGCGGGAUCGCUGGAUGUUUAUGCCGGCGUACGAGAUCGAACUGAAUCUGUUUAUCUGCGAGUCCAAGGUGCUCUACAGUCCGGACAACGUCAAUAUCAAGCUGGACGACAAGCGUCCCUACCACUACGGCCUCGACAUCCGCGACAUGGAGCGCAUUCCGCGUGGUCCCUACUUCGUCAAACAGCCGAACGACACGACCUUCGAUGUGAACAAGAACCGCUUGAUCCCUGAUGUGUCCCUGAGCUGCUUGGCUGGUGGCUACCCCACUCCCUCGUACGUGUGGUACCGCGAGGUCUAUGUCAACGACACCCUCGAGUACCAGAAAAUCGAUCCGUUGGCACAGGACCGGUACACCAUAUCUGGCGGUAACCUGAUCAUCUACGAGCCGAAGCAGGCUCUCGACCAGGGCGCCUACCAUUGCGUGGCGGAGAACAAGUUCGGCCGUGUUCGGUCCGAGAGCGCCCACCUCAACUUUGGCUUCAUAAUGGAGUUUAACCUGAAGCGAUCGGCGGAGACGAGCGAGAUGAACUGGGGCAAGUCGAUAUUCUGCGAUCCGCCACAGCAUUAUCCCGACGUUCGCUACUACUGGGCUCGCGACUACUUCCCCAACUUUGUGGAGGAGGACCAGCGUGUAUUUGUCUCCCGGGAUGGCGCCCUGUACUUCUCCUUCAUCGAAACGGUGGACCGGGCCAAUUACUCGUGUACCGUGCAAACCCUUGUAUCGGACACCGGUCGCAAUGGACCCUUCUUCCCGCUGCGCGUGACGCCCAACAGCAACUACCAGGCAUUGAUAUUCGCCAAUACCUUCCCCAAGGUCUUCCCAGAGGCGCCGGUGGCUGGCGACGAGAUCCGACUGGAGUGCAUGGCCUUCGGCUAUCCAAUUCCAGCCUACAACUGGACCCGCCAGAACCAGCCGCUGCAACGCAACGCCUACACAAUCAACUACGGCCGCGUUCUGAUCAUCCAGAAUGCGACGACGAACGACAACGGCGAGUACACCUGCACGAUCACCAAUCCGCGCAAGACGCUGACGAAGAGCAUCUACAUCAACAUCCAGAUGCGUCCCGAGUUCACGAUUCCGCUGAAGGACAUGAUCAAGGACUACAACAGCGACGUGACCUUUAUUUGUGAGGCCUUCGCUAUCCCGGAUGCGAACUACACGUGGUACAAAAACGCCGAACGCCUGGACCCGCUGAACAUCAAUCGUGACCGGUACAUUAUUCAGGACAAUGUGCUGACCAUCAAGUUUCUGGAAAAGGAUAAGGACGAGGGAAUGUAUCAGUGUGGCGCUCAAAAUCAGCUGAAAACGUCCUUCUCGUCGGCGCAACUCCGAGUGCUCUCCAUGAAGCCAUCCUUUAAGAAGCAUCCCCUGGAGGCCGAGGUCUAUGCUGUCUACAAUGGCAACACCACCAUUGUCUGUGAUCCGGAAGCCGCUCCACGCCCUAAAUUCCAAUGGAAGAAGGACGGCCAGGUCUUGGGUUCGGGUGGCCAUCGGCGAAUCCUGCCCAGCGGCACACUGACCAUUGCGCCUACAUCGCGGGACGACGAAGGCGUCUACACAUGCAUAGCCUCGAACCAGGCCGGCACGGAUGAGUCCCAUGCCCGCGUUAUUGUCUUGCAGGAGAUCCGCUUUAUGCAAACCCCACCGCAACGCAUUGUGACCAAGGAGCACGACCUAAUCUAUCUGCACUGUGAGGCUGCAUUCGACCCGUUGCUGGACAUUGCCUACGUUUGGAAGCAAAACGGCGAAGUCCUCAAGAACAACCAUGACGGCACUGGCCGGAUUAUUGUGGACUGGAACAGCUUGACGGUGCACAACACCACCAUGCGGGAUGCCGGCGACUACGAGUGCGUAGUCAAGUCGGCCGUCAACGAGAUCACCAGCAAGACCUCUGUGGUCAUUGAGGGAGCACCCGGAGCCCCGGGCGGCGUUCAGGUCAUUCAGAUCAGCAAAACGAAAGCCAUUAUCGAGUGGGUGGACGGGGCAAACAACGGCCGCGCCAUCCGUUACUACAAUAUCCUGGGACGCACCAACUGGAACCGAACCUGGGUGAAUGUCUCGACGCAUGUGCAGGCCCGCGAGGUGGAUCGCUACACGGCGCGCCAACAAGCCGAGGUGAUCAACCUGACGCCCUGGUCGGCCUACGAGUUCAGUGUGACGGCCGUCAACGACCUGGGCAUCGGCACCCCGUCCGCUCCAUCGCCCAUCUACAGCACCUACGAGGACAAGCCAUAUAUUGCUCCACGGAACGUGGGUGGUGGCGGCGGCAAGAUCGGUGACCUGACCAUCACGUGGGACCCGUUGCUGCCACAGGAGCAGCAUAGCCACGGCAUACACUACAAGGUGUUUUGGAAGCUCAAGGGAGCCCUGGAAUGGGCCUCGGACGAGAUCAAGAAGCAGGAUAACAUGGGCGUGGCUGUGGUCAAUAUACCGCUGAAUAACUACUACACUCAGUACGAGGUCAAGGUGCAGGCCAUCAACAACAUGGGUAAGGGACCGGAGAGCGGUGUGGCAGUCAUACACUCUGCCGAGGACAUGCCGCAGGUGGCUCCGCAGAAGCCCUUCGCGCUUGCCUUUAACUCUACUUGCUUUAACGUCACCUGGCAACCCAUUGACAUGUCCCGCGAGAACAUACGCGGCAAGCUCAUUGGCCACAGGUUGAAGUACUGGAAGACGACGCACCAGGAGGAGGACUCCGUGUACUAUCUGUCGCGUACCACAAGAAACUGGGCACUGAUCGUGGGCCUGCAGCCGGACACCUACUACUUUGUGAAGGUCAUGGCCUACAAUGCGGCGGGAGAAGGCCCCGAAAGCGAACGUUUUGAAGAGCGAACAUACCGUAAGGCCCCGCAGAAGCCGCCUUCCUCGGUUCACGUUUAUGGAAUAAACCCGUCUACGGUGCGGGUUGUAUGGCGAUAUGUUUCCCCCUCGCAGGACGAGGAACCCAUCGAAGGUUACAAGGUUCGCAUUUGGGAGACGGAUCAGAACAUGAUCACAGCCAACAAUACCAUCGUGCCAAUCGGACAGAAGCUGGAGUCCUACAUCAAUACCCUCACCCCCGGCAAGAGCUACAAUAUGCGAGUACUCGCCUACAGCAACGGCGGCGACGGUCGGAUGUCCAGUCCCACGCUGCGCUUCCAAAUGGGCAAGACGACGCGCAAUGCGGCAAAUACACGCCACGGCCACAACAUCAACACGGCGCUAAUCUUAAGCACACUGCUACUCAUCACCACCUUUUUCUACACAAACCACUGAGCGUAGCACAAAUCGAGAUAGGCUAAGGAAUACGAACACCCGUCCAGGAGUAUAAGAAGCGCACAGCCUCCGAACUUCUACAGAAACCCAAGAGUCUCGUUAAGAAUAUAUAUACAAACAGGUCAGGCAGCAUUCCAUAAUUACUUUGUAGCCGAAAGUAAUCAAUUGAAUUGACUUAGGAUUAUUAAUGCACACAAGAAAUGAUAGUUUUUACAUCAUACGACAAACAUAUUUACAAAAGUUAAAGAAAGUGACCUUAUUAUUAGCGUAAGUAGCCCUGCGAGAAAUUCGAAAACAUUUGACACAUAUUUUUUGAACAUAUUUUCUGAAUUAACUACGAGAGCAGCUAUAUUAGAGUAAGAUUAUAUCAGGUUUCAGAUAUAUGUACGUAUUAAUUUUAUUUGUAUUUGUCCUUUUUGGAAACUUCUAGUGUCCUGUAAAUGCCAUUCCGUCCAUUCUACAGAUUUUCUAAAACAAACUUGUAUAUCUUUCCAUCCAUUCUACAGUUUUUCUGAAACAAAUAAAUUUAUAUAUCUUUUCAAGUAUUUAAA